AUGAGGUUGUUCACUAGUUCAUUAACAAGAGUAGCUUUCUUCUGGUUCAUUAAUUUGCCAGCGAACUCUGUUCAAACAUGGCAACAACUGGAACAAUUGUUCCAUGCUCAGUUUUAUAAGACUGAGCCUAAAGGUACCUUGGCUGAUUUGGCGAAUUUACGUCAAAUGCCAAACGAAUGGGCAGAAGGUUUCCUUCAAAAGUUCAAGACAACAAAAAGUAAAUGUUUUGUGCCUUUGCCCGAAAAAGAGUUUGUCAAAAUCGUUCAAAGUUGCUUAAGCUUUGAUUUGAAAAAGAAAUUCCAAGACAGAGAAUUUCCUGAUCUUUUCCAACUGAGUGCAAACGUGAUUAGAUAUGAAUGA